AUGGCGACGGCUUCGUCUGUGUCGUCGUCGCGUUACCACGGCGACGGAGCGGCGGGUACCGAGGAGGGGCUGGUGAUGGAUGGAGGCCCCCCCCCCAAUGCCUUCAUGUUGCUGGACCCCUCAACGUCGUCCACCUCGUCCACGUCGUCCCCGGCGUGUCUCCCCACCGGGACGACACUUCUUGGGGGCGGUGGCGGACCUGUGACCUCCCCAACGGGAACAGUCUACUACUCGCUGCCCUACCACCACCACCACCACCAGCAACAACAACAACAACAACAGCAGCAGCAACAGCAGCAACACAACAACCACCAGCAGCAGCAGCAGCAGGACAUGUGGACAACUAACGCAAAUGCGCCAACAACACAACAACAGCAACAGCAGCUGGUGGUUGUAGCGUCAGCACAACCACCACCACCACCACAACCACCACAACAACAACAACAACCGGAGCAGCAGCUGUUGGUUACCAGCGCAGCCUCCGCCGCCACCACCAGCACCACCACCAACACAGGCGGGAGUUGAACUUUCAAGCUCUCACUCACUUGGCCAGGUUGUGGUGGUGGUGGUGGUGGUUAACGUGGUGGUUGUGGUUAAUGAUUUAUGGUGGUGGUGGUGUUUACGGUGGUGGCAGUGGUUAAGGUGGUGAUAGUGGUGAUGGUAGUGGUGGUGGUAAUGCAUUACGAUGGUUUUGGUUGUGGUUAAAAUGGUGGUGGUUAAGAUGUGCUGAUGAUAGUGGUGGUUAACAUGGUGAUGGUGGUGGUGGUAGUGGUUAAGGUGGUGGUUAAGAUGGUAGUUGUGGGAAUUAAGUUGGUGAUUUAGGUGGUGGUGGUGGUGGUGGUGAUUUAACAUGGCGGUUAAUAGCGAUUGCCUCAUGCCCCAAAUUUCGACUAGGAGAGACAAAGGCGGUCGGGAGGGCCCGCUACUACAAACCUUGGGCUGUUGUUGUUGUUGUUGUCCUGUUGUUGUUGUUGUUACUUGUUGGUCGACGCCAGGGUGGUGUGGGUCCGUCGGAGACGCUCGAGAGGAGGACACAUGGGUUCGAACCCUGGGGCCCUGUCUCUCAUUCUCUCUCAUUCUCUGAGAAUUUCAGUGUGUGGGUGGGUGGGUGGUGGUGGCGGUGGUGGUGGUUUUCAUGGACGCGUCACAGAUACUGAUGAUCACCGUGGGUUUUGUUAGCAGGCCAAACACACAGAGACCCACAGACUCACGACCACCACACAGAGACCCACAGACUCACAACCACACAGAGAUCCACAGACUCGCCGUACAGGGACCCACAGACUC